UGUCUCCCCGCAGGUUUGAGCUGAUGCGCAUGUGCUGGCAGUACAACCCCAAGAUGAGGCCCUCCUUCCUGGAGACCAGCAGCAGCUUCAAGGACGAGAUGGAGCCCGGCUUCCAGGAGGUGUCCUUCUACUACAGCGAGGAGAACAGGCUGCCCGAACCCGAGGAGCUGGACCUGGAGCCGGAGAACAUGGAGAGCGUCCCCCUGGACCCCUCGGCCUCCUCGUCCUCCCUGCUGCUGCCCGACAGACACUCAGGACACAAGGCCGAGAAUGGCCCUGGCCCCGGCCCCGGCGUGCUGGUCCUGCGAGCCAGCUUUGACGAGAGACAGCCUUACGCGCACAUGAACGGGGCCGCAAGAACGAGCGGGCCCUGCCUCUGCCCCAGUCUUCGACCUGCUGCUCCUGGAGCCGAGUCCCGGGCAAAGAGUAAUGCGCGCAGGCUCAGCGGCGGGUGGGGGGAGAGCGCUAACAAUCUAUCCGCAGCCUCCUGUACCUCAGUGGAUCUUCAGAACCGCCACUGCUGCCCACGGGAGACGGCUUCUCUGCAGUGAACACAUUUGGGAUGUUCCUUUUUUCAAUAUGCAAGCAGCUUUUUAUUUCCCUGCCCAAACCCUUAACUGACACGGGCCUUUAAGGACCUUAAGGACAACACUUAAUAGCAACCGACGCCCUGAGAAUCGGGUCUCCUCACACUCUCUCUCUGUCUCUCCUCCUCCUCCCUCUCAUCUCUCUUUCUCUCCGUCUCUCUCCUUUCUCUCUCUUCCUGCUUCGUGAUGGAAACACACUAGCCGCAAGCCCAGCCAGGACACCUUUUUCUAUUGGGUGGCCCCACGUGGCCCCUGAACACACCUGCUGUUCACCAUAGGUCU